UUGUAGCACUGAUAGAACGUUAUCAUCAACAGGUUUGAGAGUCUCAGAAUACUGGAAGAAAAACUAGCAACUUCCAUGGCAAUUACAUCUGCAGAUUUUGAUGAACCAUUACUAAUCACUGAUACUUAUAUCCAAGGUAUGGUGAAUUACAACGGAGAAAAGAUCAAGAACAACAAUAGUGAGUUUGGUAGAUGGAAAUCUGCUUCUCGGGUUAUCGUAAUUGGUGGCGUCGAAUCGUUCAUUUUCUUUGGAAUGUCUUCCAACUUGAUUAGCAUCUUAACUAUGCAAUUGGGACAAACUACAGCAACGGCAGCACAGAAUAUCAAUGCUUGGACUGGUUUCAUACUUAUGCUUCCAGUACUAACUGCAUAUGUUGGUGAUUCAUAUGUUGGCAGAUUUCGUGCCAUCUUGUUUUCUACAAUCAUCUAUGUUUUGGGACUUGGGUUGUUAACCCUGUGCACUUCACUAUUGGCUGCUUGUUUUAAUAACACCGAGGACAAGCUUUCUUGUUCUUCUCCUUCUGCUUUCCAAGUAAUCUUCUUCUUCUCUUCAUUAUAUCUAGUUGGAAUUGGGAGUGCCGGAUUCAAGACCUGCGCACCAGCUUUUGGUGCAGACCAAUUUGAUGAACUAAAUCCUAAUGAAUCCAAGUCAAAAAGUUCAUUCUUCAAUUGGUGGCUGUUUGGACUAUCUGUUGGAUCAUGCAGUUCUCACUUGAUAUUGAACUAUGUCCAAGAUAAUUUCGGCUGGGGUCUUUCAUUUGGAUUUUCGUGCCUCUCAAUGGUAAUAUCUCUAAUUGUUAUCAUGUCUGGAGCAAAAUCUUACCGCUACACUCCGAUAAAAGAUUCUGACAAAGUAAACCCAUUGAAAGGUCUAACCAAUGGUUUAGUAGACGUGGUCAAGAAUUGGAGAAGCGCCUCAUCAUCAUCGUCAAUCCCCAUCCAAGUGGAGCCAACUACUAAUACCACACCAGGAUCAAGGAAAUCUGGGACAACGUCUGUUAUUAGGAAGGUAGAAGAUGUGAAGGCGGUACUGCGGUUGGUUCCAGUAUGGAUUAUAUGUUUGAUAUACCCAAUAGUGCACGCUCAAGUUCUUACCUUCUUUGUUAAGCAAGGCAGCACUAUGGAGAGGUCGAUAGGACCAGACUUUGAGAUACCCUCAGCUUCAAUACAGAUCUUCCUUAGCAUAUCCAUCAUUCUAUUUGCAGUAAUGUACGACCGUAUCUUUGUUCCAGUUGCUCGGGCUUUUACAGGAAAAUCUAGCGGCAUAACUAUACUUCAAAGAAUUGGUGGUGGUAUAUUUAUUUCUGCCAUGACAAUGGUUGUAGCAGCUAUAGUGGAGAAUAGAAGGCUUAAAAUUGCUCAAGAGUUUGGUUUGACCGAUGAUUGGAACGCAACAAUUCCCAUGGCUGUCUGGUGGCUGAUUCCGCAAUAUGUCUUGUCAGGUCUUGCACUUGUAUUCACCAGUGUUGGUUUGCAAGAGUUUUUCUAUGAUCAAGUUCCCAGUGAACUAAGGAGUGUGGGUCUAUCACUGAACUCCACCAUGUCUGGUAUAGGACAUUUCGUCAGUGUCGUCCUUAUAUCAGUCAUUCAGAAGGUAACUAGUGCAGGCGGACAACACGGAUGGAUCGCAAACAACAUAAAUCAAGCACAUUUGGACUAUUUUUACUGGUUUCUAGCUGGUCUCAGUGUAAUAGAGCUGGUUGCAUUCCUACUUUUCUCAAGAUCAUAUGUAUAUAAGCAAGCAGCUUCAUUGUAAAAGGGUAACUACUUGUGUAUUUUACAAAAUCAGAUCAGUCAGAUUUAAUAUAUAUGAGUCAGACGUAAUGACUCAGAUCCAGUCAGAUUCAGACGAGUUUUGGUGAGUCAGUUGUCCCAUUAUAACGAUGAGUCGGAUUGUGCCCAACCGCCCCAACCCUUGAGAUAUUUCUUCCCCGUCGUCUUUCUCUUCUUCCCUUCAACUAGGUUGGCGACUCAGUUUCCGUUGCCUUUCUUUCUUCAACUGAUCUGAUUUGCAAACUCUGUUAAUCAAAGAAAAUCUGAUUAAUUAAAUCAAAAAUUGGUGAGUGAAACUUCAAAUUCAACCUGAUUUUGUCUUCUUCAUUGGGUUUUUGUUAAUAGAAUCGGUGAAGCUGGUCCUGCUCUUCAGUAGUUGAAUAUCAAAGCUCUGCAUUUGAAGAGCUAGACCUAUCUCACCCAAAUCCCUCGAUUAUUUCUGUUCGUUUUGUGCAAGCGGCGGUUUCGGUAGAAGAAUCGCAUAUCUUAAAUCUCACUACGGUUUGUCUUAAUUUUUCUGUAAUGAUAUUUUUGAAAUCUAGAACAGAAGAAUCAGCGCUUCACCAUUUUUUUUUUUAAUUUUUACGCUAUAUAUAUAUAUAAUUUAUUUAUUUUUGUCUGUAUAGGUUAGAAUUUGUUUCCUUCAUCAAAUUGCAAUUACAUACUUUGGUCAAUUCCAACAUACUAUCAAUCUUUGAUUUGAUUAAUGGAACUCUUUUGUUUUAGUGGGCUGAGCAAAUUAAAUCGGUUAAGUGAGUCUGUCCUGUCCUUCAAGUGUUAGAUAGAAAGUCUCCACAUAAAAGAUCUUAACGGCAUACGUUCAAAGAUCUUAUCGCUGCACUCCCAUAAAAGAUCUUAACGGCAUAACUGUACACUCCUAUUCUCCGCUAUAUUUAUUUCUGCUAUUGUGGAGAAUAGAAGGCUUGAAACUGCAUUAGAGUUUGGAUUGAUUGAUUAUUGAAAAGCAACGGUUCGUAUGGCUGUCUGGGUUGAUUCCACAAUAUGUCUUGUAAGGCUUGCUCUUGUAUUCACCAAAUGUUAGUUUACAAGAGUUUUUCUAUGGUCUAGUUCCGAAUGGACCGAGGAGUGUGGGUCUGUCCCUGUUCUCAACCAUGUUUGGCAUAGGACACUUCCCCAGUGUCUUACUUCUAUCCGUCAUUCAGAAUGUAACUAGUGCAGGUAGUCAACACGGAUGGAUCGCAAACAACAUGAUUCAAGCGCAUUUAGAUUACUUCUAUUGGUUUCUAGCUGGACUUAGUGUAAUCGAGCUAAUUGCUUUCUUAUGUUUCUCCAAAUUUUAUGUAUCUAAGCGAGGAGCAUCAAUGUAAUCGUGGACAAAAUAAGGUUAACUUCUGCUAAAUAAGAUUUCAAAUUCAGUGUGAUUCCUGAAUUUGAUGCCGAGUGUGAUUUGUGCAAGUGACGCUGUUUUCUAUCGUUUUUGUUUAUCUGCGCACUUUUAGUCAUUGGAGCAUCCACUAAUGCUGCACACAUCAUCCACUGAUACUAACCAAGUAAGUUUUUCAAAUACAUUUUUUUACUCAAGACUCCAGCUUUUAGGGAAUCUUUAUAUGAUAAUUUAAUCCCACUUUCAUUAUUCGAUCUGCUACUUUUAAAAAUAAUUUUUGUUGCUCAGUAGGAGCACCUGCUACUUUAACUUCACUCAUAGAACAUCAUCAUUAACAAGAGUCAGAGGAGUUUCAGAGAGACCUGGAAGAAUUUAGCAAGUAUCAUGGCAAUCAGAUCUGCUGACUAUGAUGAGCCAUUGUUACUCACUGAAACUUAUAUCGAAGGUAUGGUGAAUUACAAAGGAGAGAAUAUCAAGAACAACAAUAGCGAGUUUGGUGGAUGGAAAUCUGCUUCUCGGGUUAUCACAAUUGGUGGCGUAGAAUCAUUCAUUAUCUUUGGAGUUUCUGCAAAUUUAAUUAGCUUUCUAACUAUUCAGUUAGGACAAUCUACAGCAACAGCAGCACAGAAUAUUAAUGCCUGGUCUGGUAUCACACUUAUGCUGCCAGUACUAACUGCAUAUGUUGGUGAUUCAUAUCUUGGCAGAUUUCGUACCAUCUUGUUUUCUACUAUCAUCUAUAUUUUGGGACUUGGGUUGUUAACUCUCUGUACUUCACAAUUGGCCACAUGUUCUAACAUUGCUGCCGAAGACAACCUUUCAUGUCCUUCUCCAUCUACUUUCGAUGUAAUCUUCUUCUUUUCCUCAUUGUAUCUAAUUGGAUUUGGGGGUGCUGGAUACAGGACCUGCGUACCAGCCUUUGGUGCAGACCAAAUUGGCGAACUAAAUUCUCAGGAAUCCAAGUCCAAUAGUUCAUUCUUUAAUUGAUCAUAUCGCUACACCCUGAAAAAAGAUGCAGAUAAAAUGAACCCAUUUAAGGGAAUAACCAGUGGUUUAGUUAACACGGUCAAGAAUUGGAGAACCAACUCAUCAUCAUUGGCAAUCACCAUCCAAGUGGAUCCAACUACUAGUAAGUUACAAGGAUCAAGGAAAGCUGUGACAGCAUUUACCAUUAGUAUGGAUGAAGGUGUACUGCGGGUGGUUCCAGUAUGGAUUAUAUGUUUGACAUACCCAAUAGUGCAGUCUCAAGUUACGACCUUCUUUAUUAAGCAAGCUAGCACUAUGGACAGAUCAAUCGGACCAUACUUUCAGAUACCCACAGCUUCAAUUCAGAUCUUCCUUAGUAUAUCCAUCAUUCUGUUUGCGGCAAUGUACAGCCGUACAUUUGUUCCAAUCGCUCAAGCUUUUACUGGCAAACCUUACGGCAUGACUACACUUCAGAGAAUUGGUGGUGGCAUUUUUAUUUCUGCCAUGUCAAUGGUUGUAGCAGGUAUAGUGGAGAACAGAAGGCUUAAAAUUGCUUUUCAGUUUCAUCUGGUUGAUGAUCCAAAAGCAACGGUUCCUAUGGUUGUCUGGUGGUUGAUUCCACAAUAUGUCUUGUCAGGUCUUGGUCUUGUAUUUGCAGCUGUCGGUUUCCAAGAAUUUUUCUAUGAUCAGGUUCCCAAUGGGCUAAGGAGUGUGGGUCUGUCCCUGUUCUCAACCAUGUUUGCUGUCGGACACUUCCUCAGUGUCCUCCUUAUAUCAGUCGUUCAGAAGGUAACUACUGCAGGCGGCCAACACGGAUGGAUCGCAAACAACAUAAAUCAAGCGCAUUUAGAUUAUUUUUACUGGUUUCUGGCGUGUCUCAGCGUAAUAGAGCUGGUUGCUUUCUUAUGUUUCUCAAAAUCAUAUGUGUAUAAGCACGCAGGAGCUCCAAUGUAAUCAGGGACCAAGAUGAGUCAAAAAGAGUGCAUGUGCACCCUCUAAGUAGAAUUACCGCGUCAAGGCUUAAAUGCAUUGCUCAAAAUGGGAUUCUGACAGCAGCAUCAGGAAGCAACCAAAAGACUAGAGAAAACAGAAGAAAUGGCGAAAAAAUCGAUUUUUAGAUUUGGUGGAAGCUCUAGUAACAAUGCUGAAGAUGAUACCGGUAUUACUAAGUUUAAGUUUCAGGAACUUGCUGCAGCCACAAAGAAUUUUGCACCAGAGUCUCUUUUGGGUGAAGGAGAAAAUGGGCGUACGUUCAAAGGUUGCUUAAAGCGCAGUGGACAGGAUGUUGCAAUUAGACAAUUGGACGAGGAAAACAUAAGUGCCAUCUAUGGGUGCGGUAACCAGAUAAAGUUUUCGACACUUCGUUUGCGUAGCCUCUUGCACCAUCCUAACGUAGCCGAUCUGAUUGGUUACAGCAUCAAUGAAAAAAACGAGAUGUAUUUGGUUUAUGAAUUCAUGCCAUUGGGAUCCUUGAGAAAUCAUUUACAUGAUCUUAAUAAGAAGCCUCUGGACUGGAAUAUGAGGAUGAAAAUUGCAGCUGGUGCAGCCAAAGGACUAAAGUACUUGCACGAAAUAUCAAAUCCUCCUGCAAUUCAUGGAAAUAUCAAACCCUCCAACAUUCUCCUAUGUGAAGGAUCGUAUAACCCCAAGGUGUCAGAUUUCUUUCUGUUGAAAGAGCGCAUUCCAGAAUGUGACGAGUCUGGCUAUACGAGGUUUUUCGGCCGCCAGAACCAUCGUCGGGCACCUGAAUUUCUUGAAAAUUUUAAACUCACUCAACAAUCCGACAUCUAUAGUUUCGGCUUAGUCUUGCUUGAACUGAUUUCAGGGAGAAAAGCAGAGAAGACGCCUAGUCUGACUCAAUGGGCAAUACGUGAAUUGGUGGUGUACGGUGAGGAAUUCACUGCGGUGGCUGAUCCACUACUGGAAGGCUGUUAUCCAGAGCAAGGCUUGUACCAAGCUCUUUCUCUUGCAGCCGAGUGUUUACAGCGCAAAGAUGUCACCCGGCCUCGUAUAGGAUAUGUUUUGAAUGUUCUCUCAAAUUUAGCUUCAGAAAUGUAUGACCAGAAUGCUAUCCAAAUAAACCGAGCAGGCACAUUGGCAGUUGGCAGCAUUGACAAGGAAAGACUAACACAACAAUGGCGAGGUGUCCACUGUUUCUUUGUUUAGCUAAUGCCAUGACUGAAAGAAUGAAAGCUAGCUGAUAGCUCACUUGCUUGAAUUCCCAAUGUCAAACAUGCUACAGUUCUAACUCAACAAACUUGUAUGAAUCCGACUCAUUACAUCUGAAUCCGGUCUCCUAUCUGCGGAGUUGUUUGUUUUAAUUUUUUUAACUCAAAAAACUUGUCUGAAUCAGCUGACUCAUUACAUCUGAAUCUGGAUUCUUAUUUUCCUGA